GCUACCAAACCCCCAUAUAAUUAAGCAAAAAGCCAAAGGAAUUAUAUUCCAAGAGUAUUUGUAUUAAUUAUAGUAUUGUGCUGCGUAAGAAAGAACUACAAGCUCCAUAUCUCUCUCUUCUCCAUCUUUUGAUCGAUCAGAUCUUGUACAAUUAUUUUUCUGUAAUAAUGGAGGGUCUUAUACCACUUGUUUAUAGGGCGAUCAAGAAGAAUAGAACACGAAGACAAUACGAAUGUUUGUCAUCUGGCACUGCUGCUGCGCCACAGGGUUACAACAUAGCAGACUUUUACGUCUCUGAUCAUCACAAUCUUCACCAUCAAGCCCAGAACGAUAUGAUGAUGAAAAGUGGUCACCGGCGCCAUAACUCGGUGGGUGAGUAUGCCUUCGGAUCAUUCUCAACGCCGGGGGCAGAGCGAGACUACAUAACAACAUCAACAACACCCACAACGAUCACAGCUCCCAAGAGGGCUAGACUCGUGCGCUUUACAAGUCACCGCAUGUUCACCUUCUCCUGUGUUACCGGCGCAGCCUAGAACACUACUAUAUACCUAGUCCUCUUCCUCAUGUACAGUGUUAGUCUUUUAAAUUUAUUCUGUGUGUAAUUAAUAUCAAAAUUAGGUGACUUCUUCUCUAUCCAACUAGGUGUCGAAAGAAAGAAAUCGGCGUCUAUAAGAUAUAUAUCGCUUUUUCUUACAAGUGGUAGUGUGUUGAACCAAACCAAACAAUGAAAUUGGUUAAACCCCAAUCAAGUUUUUUCAAUUUCGGCCAACAAAAUAAUUGGUUUGGCCUUCCGAAUCUUCUUAAGUCUUAACAUAUCUCUUCUUUGCUGCACGUACUGAGUAUUAUUAAAUGUGUUGUUAUUAUUAUUUUUUCUUUUAAAAGCAAAAGACAUGAUAUUUAGACACAGCAAAGAAUUAUUCCAAGUCAAUUGAUAUACAGCUGUCUUUGAUUGAAUGGGUCUGAUAAUAUAUUCUUUGUUUGAUGAUAUCUACUAUUAAA